AUGUCUGAUAAAAAAAUUUGCAAACACAUUGCGACUGUGUCAGAUAGACAUUUUUAUAGAAGACUUAAUUGGGAAAUGCAGAAAUUACGUUCGGAAAGUGUUUUGCAGAACUCUGAAUGCGAAAAGGAUAAUAUUGAUUUGCCUAGUACUAGUGCUUGUACAAUAGAUAAUAUUGAAACUGCGAAUAAUGCUUCUAUUGUAGAUGACUUUGAAGGACCGUCUUCUUACCAGGCAGAGUUACAGGGCGAUGUUGAAAGAAAUGAUUAUUCGUCUCUCUCAGAUAGCGAGGAUGAUGAUAUAACUGAAGUUUUUGAUGCAAGACAAUUUUUAGCAGAGUGGGCUGUGAAUUAUCAGAUACCUCAUAAUGCUGUAUCUGCACUACUUAAAGGGCUAAAACUUCAUGAUUGUUUCAGUGAUUUACCAGCAGAUAGUAGAACACUUCUGAAAACAAAAAGGACUGCUGUAUCAAAAGUUGUAAGUCCAGAAAUGCAAUCACCUGCAAGAACUGAUGAACACUUUCGAAGCUUAGAAGAUGAAGACUACCACAAUGGCUAUACAAGAUUG